AUGAUCCUCACAGAGGAGGUGGCGAAGUUAUUCAGCGGCUUACAAAAGGCUUUGCGCGAUGCAGAAGCCGACCUUAAGGAGCUUGCAAGCUCCCAGCAGACGAAGCUGGAGAAGGCGCUCUCCGAGGCGGAAGAGUCCCGGGACGAGGUGGACAGGCAAAGGACCAAGCUCGAGGAUGUCCGCGACGAAGCUCGCAAAGCUCGCCAGGAAAAGCUUGAUGUGGAG